UUCACAUCAGACUUAGCUUUAGACAUCUAAUAUAGACUAAGGUGAAAAUAAAGCUGAAAAAAUGUUUUCACUUUCUUAGAAUUGUGUGAAAAUCUUAAAACUUAAAACUUUAUUAAAAAGCUGGUUCCGAGUCUAAACUUCAAAAGAAACAUAUCAUCUUGUAGAGAAUCGAAUUCUCUAUCGAUUAGUGUGGCCUUCCAUUUUUAAUAGGAAAAGUGUCUAGGUGAGGAAAUUGAAAAUACAGUUUUUAAAAAAUGUAAAACUGGGUUUUUAGUACCAAAAUUUAACGUUUUUCAAAAACUAAUGUGAGAUUCCUAAUCAGCGUCGAAAACUGCAUCUAGUGAUCUGCUCCUAUCAGUUCUACUCUAAAAUAAUUUUUUCAAAAACUUGAUCAGCGAAGUCUCGAGUUACGUGGACAAGCCGUCCGGUAGCAGAGAUGGCUGGCCAGAGCGUUUACCGUUUCCAAUAAACCGUUAAUUUGCAAAUAAAAGUGUAAGGUACCAGAUUGAUAUUAAUUUGUAUUCAUUAGCAUUAAUUAAUCCUUUGAGUAUAGGAUUAUUUUUUCAAAAACAAGUCAGCAAGUAGCGACACCCUUGUAACUCAACAACCAUGAUAGCUGGAGACUUCUAAUUUUGUGUGUCCGUUGCUCUUACCAAAUCCUGAUCACCUACUACGUUUGCGCCUCUUUUAUGAUUAGCGAUUUUCUUGAUAAGCGAUUUAUCUCUUAUCCGUAAAAUAUCAACAGCUCCUAAUCUAAGAGAGAUGAAAACUUUUUAUUUUCCCAAAAAUGCAGCCACGACUCUACUCUAUCUACGAUAUAAAUUCCGUAAGUUGGCUGUUAGGAGUCAGUGAAAUACAAGUAUUGUACGGACGAAGUCGGCCUUUUUUUGUUGAAAAUUCAAGGUUCUUUGAAGAAAAAAUUCACAACUCCGUCUAGAAACAUCAUUUUGACUCUUCUUAUUUCUUAACUUCAAAAUGCACGGAUCGAGUGAAAACCUCUACUAGGCAAAUCAACCCAUUUUUGGCUAUUUUCAUCACAAAUUAAAAAUUCAUACCUCACCCAAAGUCCAUCCAAGCUACUACAGUAAAUCAAGAUAUACUCUGUUUUAUGACCUUAAUCUAACUCUGUACUUAAGACCAAUAAACGGUAUUCUCUAAGUUCCGUAGGUUUCGCGAAAACCGUUCCAAAAACCAAAGUAUUUUCUGUUUGUUUUUGAAACGUUUACGGUGAAUAUAUUCAUCCGAUGCGAAUUUUGACGGCUUCCCUUAUUCAAUAUACUUUAAUGGUCUCACUUGCAGCAGGCUGCACCUUCGUAGGAUAUGACAUUUAUUACUAAAGAAAAAAAUGGUUAAGAAAGUCAGAGGAUAUUUCAUUCAAGAAAAGAUCCAUUAACAAGCAUUAACAUUUUGUUUUAGUGCUUUUCCUUCUCUCCAUUUUGUUUUAAACAUGCCACUUUGAAAAAUAUUAAUCUAAAAAUAUUGAGAAAAGGCAUUGUUAGUAGGUAUAUAUUAGUAGUGAAUACAUAGGCAAUAAACACAUACUACACAUGUCAAAUUUUUUUCACGAUUUCUGCAGAAACGUGCAUUUUUUGGCAACACUAACGCAACACCAGAAAACGCAUGGUUCUUAUAUGCGUUUUCUUGCGCUGUAUUUUUACCCUGCAAAAAUAAACAAGAAAACGAUAGCUUUUUGUCUUUAAUGGCAAAAUGUAUCUAGGUUUUCUCCAUGGAUGAUUUUUUUCGGGCAUUUUGGUCAAGUUUUAUGGUCGCUUUUAGUUUGUUAAUUUACUACGGCUAAACCGGUCAAUCCGUAUUUACCGGAAAAUGGUCCUUUCCAGUAAAUGCAAACAUAUUUAAGAUCCUUUCCAGAAACACCGUCAAAUAUUUUGAAGAUACACUACCUGCAACUAGCAGUGAUGCCUUGCCAAACGUUAUGCGGAAGUCUAACUUGUAUAUUUCGAAGUAAAGAAAAUACAGUGUUUCAUCACAGUGGAUUAACAGUGCACAGUUUAACUCGACUUGUCUUUUUAACUCCACCGUGUUUAUUCGUUCAGCAUGUUUAUUUAUCAUGUGAACAUAUGCAGGUUGAUCGCUUUAGGAACGUUGGCAUCAUCAUCAACAACAAUAAUAUCUCCAGAAAAUACUGUGACAACCAAUAAUGAAAUGUUACAAAGUAGUGUCAAUACAACGCCGACAGCCCCUUCUGGAACGUUGGCAUCAUCAUCAACAACAAUAAUAUCUCCAGAAAAUACUGUGACAACCAAUAAUGAAAUGUUACAAAGUAGUGUCAAUACAACGCCGACAGCCCCUUCUGGUAAGAGUCGAAUACUGUGGCUGUGUUUAUUUUCAGUGAAAAGUUAGAAAAAGUAGUGAACACGAAUUUCUAGGAAAAUAAAUUGAGUCAAAAGUAAUUGCAUAUCCAUGUCUCACUACAAGCUCAUUGGUAGUACGUUUUCGUGUUAGUUUCAUGAAUGCUCGAUGAGGCUACCGCACUGACACGUUGCCAAGCGUUAUGCGCAAGUUUACCGGGUAUAUUCAAAAGUGAAUGAGAGUAGUAAGAGAAAAGUGCACGUGAGAGAAUUAUGUAAGGCUAUUCAAGCAGUUUAUCAAUACUGUCAUACUAUUCACAUAUUGAUUGCGUUUAUGACUUGUCUUGCAAUUUGUAUUUUACUUCAUCAUAGUGAAACUCGAAGUUCGUAUCACUCUUUUCUGCCGAGUCAUUUAAAAGGCGAAGGAGUGAACUAUAUUUUGAAAUGUAUAGUAGAAUCCUGUUAUGAUCCGUUUAAGAUCCUACUAGGGAUCUAGGAUUUCGGUUAAGUGUGCCUACUAUUAUAACAGGAUUCUACUAGCAUUUAAAAAUAUAGUGCAUUCUCUCAUUUUUUUUAAUGCAUCGACAAAAAAGGGUGAUUCGCAUUUUGGGUUAUAUUAUGUUGAAGUAAAAUAUAACGGGUAACGCUCGUCUGCACUCGCUCGGUGGCGUGACUUGAGGAACUUAUACCUACGGACGACCUUCGAUGACAAUAAAUCAAAAACAACGCUCGCACGUCCCUUCAGUCGGCGUUCGCUGCAAGACUAUUUACAAUAUGCGUGUGUGUACGUCCGUCAAAGUAAUGUUUUCCGCUGGUACGUUACGGUGAGGAAAAUUUUCAUGCAAUUAGGCGGAAAUAAAGUUUUUGACCAAUAAUCGACUGUACAGGACGCUCCAUCUCAUUUUCUGACUGCCCAUAGUCGAUUACAUAUCCCAUAUAAUUUUCAUCACUUUAAUCUAAUCAAGAGGAAGUGACGCUGCAGAGACGUCAUAGCGUUACCUUUUUUACUCAGUUUGUUUUGAGGAUAGCUCAAUUACGAAACUUUCUAGAGAGCUCGGGAACAUCUCAAAUUGAGGGAAGAAUUCUUUUAAAGAUUUCGAGAUUCGUCCGCCUCCUGGAAAGUUUCGUAACGGAACUAUGCUCAAAAUAAAAUGAGCAAAAAGGGUAACGCUAUGACAUCUCUGCCAGCGGAGUUAAGUGGACAAGCCGUCUGCCUUACCUUAUUUUGUCUAAAAUCCUCUGAAGUUUUCUACCCUUGCUUUCCUUACCUUACCACAUCUAAAAUUCGCUCAACUUCUCUCAACCUGUCUGCCUUUACUUACCUUACAAUAUCUAAAAUUCCCUGAACUUCCAUGAACUGCUCCACCUUAUCUCACCUUAAGGUGAAAGCUUUGCAAAGAUCAAGUGAAUUUAUUUCCAAUGUGUAUACGAUUGUACAGCAUUCGAGAGAGAAUUCAAGGGAGAUCAUGAAUAUCACCAGCCCGACUCCCUAAACCGUUUUGCCGCCGAGAUAUCCGUCGUGGCUGGUAAUUCAUUUCUAGCUGAAAGUGCGAACACUCGUUUUUUCGGAUAUUACUGUUCAAAAGCGGUCUUUUUAGUAUAGUCCACGAUACUAUUUCUACUGCUUUUACCAUGAAACAGCCUAGGUUGCGGUCUGUAUUAUAUAUCAAAAGAAAGCUCUUUGGAAACCCUACAAAAUGGCUGUUGAUUUAUUUCGAGUUGACACUCACUUUUUGGGAUUUUACUAGUAAAUGAUGAUGUUUUCAAGUAUACUGAUGGAUAAUGUGUCUGUGUAUGUACCAUGAAAGAACCUAGGUUGCGGUCUGUAUUAAAUAUCAGAAGAAAGCUCUUUCGAAACACUAUAAAAUGGCUGGUAAUGCAUUUCUAGCUGAAAGUGUGAAUACUAAUUUUUACGAAUAUUACUACUGCAGAGUCACGUUUUCCACAUCGGCGGAUAGGCUGGAUCCAUACAAAACCUACCACCAUUUACAUCGACCUUUGACGUCAGUGACAAGUCCUGCAUCAUAUUAUAGAGCUCAGCAAGCUGAACUGAACGGUGAAAACUGCAAGUCUCUAGCCUCGUUAGAAAACUUUAGCAAACGUUAGAAAACGUUAGAGAGCUUGACAGUACCAGACGCAGUCGAACGAGAACUAUCGGCUAUAUAUCAUUUCAUAGUACGUAACUAUUGAUUAAAAGUACUUGUCUGAUACGGCGUAGUUAAUGCGCGUAUACGAUGAUCAAAUACGGUGCAUUUUGGUAGCACUGUAAACGAACACCGUAUACGGCACCGUAUCAUACCGUAAUUGAACCGUAAUACGAUGCACCAUAUACGGUCGACGUUUCCAGGCCGAAAAUCACCGUUAUUUAGCCGAAUACGGCCGUUUCCAUACCGUAUUGUUCGAUCUAGGUUAUGGCUGAACGAACCACGAUGAAAAAUAUUUUUAUGACAAAACUCUUCCUUACGUGCCAAACGGGGUACUGCGAGUAAUACUUUUUUCAGCGUAACGGAAAAAUUUUGAGAAAAAUUGAAUUUUUAGGUUCUUCAUAAUUUUAAACUUUUAAAUUGAUUCCGUUACGCUGGAAAAAGUAUUACACUCAGUAAACCAUUUUUGGCACCUAAGAAAGACUUUUGUCAGCAAAAAGUUUCUAUAUCGUGCCUCGUUAAGCCACAAUCUGCGGUAAGGCUCUUAAAAUAUACUAGUUUUCUGAAAAAUCGACAUUUCAAGAAAAAACAAAAUUUUUGUUAACCAAACUUCAUUCAAAAGUUCGCAGUAACUUCAGCAUAUAGGCACUUCGAUCUUGUUGAUCGAUCGGAACCAGUCUUAUCGUUAGAACACGCUUCUUCCAUGAACCGUGAACUUUUUAGUAAAACUUCUUAAUCUGUAAACUUUUAAAAGUUAAAAGAAAAUGGGAAGAACGUGUCUGGGAGGUUCAGACGUAUCACCAUAUAUGUAAGUAGACAUAGAUAACAAGUGAUGUGAAAAACCAGGGGAGAUUCUCCCCUUAAAAUCUCAAUUAUUUUUGCAAAAUCCCCAUCACAGAAUUUAAACUUAAUUCAUUUGAUUUUAAACUUAGAAGUUCCUCUUUAAAAAAAUCUAUUAUAUCCACCCACUAGCUCAGAAUCAAUAAGAAAGAACUAUAAACCGUGGUGUUAGAUAUGAUCAGAUUCUAUUUACUCAAGUUGAAAUAUAUUCGGUGACGUUCGCCUUUAUCUAAUUUUGGUCGCGCUGUUGGGAAGGUUUCGAGAUUGUGUCGCGAUAGAUCUUCAGACAUUUUCAAUUUUGAAAAUGGAUGUUGUGCAUGCAGUUGAGACAGAUCGUUUUAAAGAUACAAUUUCACGACGAAUCGGUCGAGAAUGAAGUCUUGCUAUUAAUACUGGUGGAUAUUUCAUAGCACCUAACUUCUUCUGUUUAGCCGAGAUACGAUAAGUUCUUUCAAUUGCAUCGUAUUGAUUUCAUUUCUCAUCUAAAACGCUACAUUUACCGCUAAUAGAACAGCAGCUUCGCUUCUCGCAGGCGGCACGUUUAGAAAGCGAAGGAUGAAUGAUCUAUUAUAUCUUUCCAUUUCGUCCACUCGUUCGCUGUUACCGCCUAUAUCACAUUCGACUUGUUUUAAUCUUUCCUGAAAAUCACACAAACGCUUUUCCAGACGAGCAUUGAGAAUCGGUUGGAGAACCAACUAUUGACGAGCAACUUUGAAUCCAUAUCAUCAAGAUCAAUGGUUCUCUGCUGUUCAUCAUUCUUGUUUACAAUAUCUUUUGAGAGCUUUUGGAUCAAAUCUUGUAAUGUACUACGUAUUUCUUGAUCGCUCCUUAAUACAUUACAUAACUCCGUAUUGAGAUCGAAAUUAAAAUCAGGUUCCACUAUUAAUCUAUCCGAAUUAUUUCUUUUCGACAUGGUUAAAUUGGACUAAACUAGUAA